CUCUCAAUGGCUGAAAAAAGUGAACUCGUCAUGCUCCUUACUCAUCACUGGCCGAUCACGGAUUGGCUAGGUGUAUGGUCCACUUGUCCUCAUAUACACGCGUACAUACCUAGACAUGCAUGAAAGCAUCUUUCUUAUUUUUCUUGAACGGACCCACAUACACACAAGUACAAAGUUACCGAGGACCACAAUGCCAAGAGAGAAGCUCAUCACAUUCAGGAGUAACGUCAGCAUUGAUUUGGAUGACGGAGACAAAAGUGACAGCAUUUACUUUGUUGACAUUGAUGAGGAUCGAAGAAGGCAGCAAGGAGAAAUGGACAAAAAGAAGAGAGAAGGAAAGAAUAAAGCUGACAAGGGACAGAGGCUGCAGACAAAAUCAGAUUAUCUUCACAACAGUGAAAUGACUGGGAUAAAGAGAGGAGGAGAGGUAGAAGAGAUGCCCGAGCAAAGAAAUAGCAGUAAGAACAAGGGGACCAGGAAACAGCAGGAGGUAGUAGAAGAAGAAGAAUGGGAGAAGAAGAAAAUUAAGCAAGAAAACAAUCAAGAAGAUGAACAAUCAAAAAAGAUGAAAAGGAAAAAUGCAACAGACAGCAUUUCUGAGGCGAGCUCUUCAUCAGAUGAAGAGUUUGAGGUGGACUCGUUGAGUGAGGAGGGGCUGGAGAAACUCAUGGAAGCCAUAGAUGAGAGGAAGAAGCUCAUCGCUACACUGAGAACACAACCUUGGACAAUGCACAAGAAAAUGUCUAUGCUCAGGAAGUGGCAAGCAUUUAUAGAGAAAUACGAGGGCAUUUUAGGAAAAGGCAAAGGGAGGAAUCUGUAUGCCCACAAGGUCAAGAUGAUGAAGAAAUGGGGGAAAUUUCAGAGACACUUCAAUAACUUUAAGAAGGCCUGCGUUCCAUGGGAGAUGAAGAUCAAGGAAAUUGAAAGUCACUUUGGCUCAACAGUAGCUUCCUAUUUUGUAUUUCUGCGAUGGUUGUUUGGAAUCAACAUAAUUCUCUUUGCCCUGUCCUUUGGGCUUGUUAUGUUUCCUGAGGCAUUAAUGGGGAAGCCAUAUGGGAGUAUUCCCAGGAAGACAGUCUCCAGGCAAGAAGAACCCACUGCUAUGAACUUUGAUGUCUUAUAUGACAUUGGGGGCUACAUGAAGUAUACUGUCAUGUUUUAUGGCUACUAUGAUGACCAGAGAACAAUUGGCUGGCUCAGAUACCGCAUGCCCCUGUGCUACUUCCUGGUUGGGGUGUGCAGCUUGGCUUACAGUUACAUGGUGGUCAUCAGAACCAUGGCACGCAAUGCCAGUAAAGAAUGUGGAAGAGAUGACACCAACUUUAAAUACAGCUGGCAAAUAUUCACCGGUUGGGAUUACCUCAUUGGAAACCCGGAGGCAGCUGACAACAAGUUUGCCUCCAUCACCACAAACUUUAAGGAAGUCCUUGUUGAUGAGGCAGAGUUAAAAAAAAAUGAAAACCCUCGCUUGAUGCUCUUCUACCGUGUCAUGUGCAACAUCCUGGUUCUCGUCAUACUUACAGGAAGUGGAUAUAUAAUCUAUUAUAUAGUGCGCAGGUCUGAGUUUUUUUUCCGGGAUGGGAUGGACAAGCACAGCUGGUGGGAAAGAAAUGAGGUGAACGUAGUAAUGUCUCUGUUAAGCACGUUCUGUCCAAUGAUGUUUGAAGCGAUAACCCUUUUGGAGAAUUACCAUCCACGCGUUUCCCUGCUCUUCCAGAUGGGCCGUGUCUUUGCCCUUUAUGCAGGCAACCUUUACAGCUUCCUCAUAGCUGUCGUUGAACAGAUCAAGUUGGCGAUGGUUGACGAAGAGGUAAUGAAGCGUAAUCUGACCAUAUGGCAAGCUAACAUGUAUAACAGUUCCAUAGCGGAGAAUUCUACUGGUUCUCCUAUCACAGUGGAUCCUGCAGAUGUACCCAGAGGGCCUUGCUGGGAGACUAUGGUGGGACAGGAGUUUGUACGUAUGCUGGUUGUAGACACAUUGACUUUUUACACUGUGUUGCUGAUCAACGACUUCUUCCGAGCAGUCGUGAUUCGUUUCCUCAACGACUACUGGUGCUGGGACCUGGAGUACACCUUUCCGUGCUAUUCCCUGUUCGAUUUGAGUGGGAACCUUCUCACCAUCAUAUUCAACCAAGGAAUGGUCUGGAUGGGGACAUUCUACGCCCCCUGUCUUCCCAUACUCAACCUCAUCAGACUGCAAACGUCCAUGUAUUCACAAUGCUGGGCUGUCAUGAGCAGCAACAUCCCUCACACGCACAUCUGCAAAGCCUCACGUUCUAGCAACUUCUACAUGGCCAUACUGCUCUUCAUCCUCUUUCUCUGCACAGUGCCCCUCGCCUUCACCGUCGUCACUUUGCGUCCCUCCUUUGACUGCGGACCUUUCAGUGGGAAAAACCGCGUGUAUGAUGUGAUCCUGGAGGCAUUGCAGAUGGAUUUUCCUGCCUGGACCGGAAACGUGAUCAAUUACAUCUCAAACCCGGGACUGGUCCUGUCUUUCCUACUGCUCAUAGCCCUCACACUUUAUUACCUACAUACGACAUCUAAAACACACAAGCAGGCCAACAAUGAUCUGAAAAAGAAACUGCGGACUCAACAUGAGGAGAAUAGAAGGAGGGCAAGCCGUUUAACAAAGAAGACAGCCGAACAUUUGGAUCAAGACAAAAACAUGGCUGCCGAUGAACAGCAGGACAAGCAGAGCAACAACCAUUCGUCUUUGAAAGACAGCAGAAAGAGCAGCAGCCAGAGUUGUUAUCUUCCUCCUCCUCCAGAUAUUUUCUUUGGGAGUCGAGGUUCUGGCCUCAAACACUCUCGCAACCCUCCUUACACUCGACCCCCUGCACCCCGGUCUCAUCUCUUGCACGGACAACUGCCAGGAGCUCCACCUUAUUAAAAAAGUAGAAGAAGUCACAAGCUAGAGCUGGUCACAUCAGACACUUUAUCACUAAUUGCUCCUGGAGAGUCAGUUCUCUGCUGAAUUUAUUUUCUAUCCAGAUUAAAAUGUCUUCUGAAGUGUUUCAUUAAAUAUGAUUGAAUAGAUUUAGAUCUGAAGCAGAUUGAGGGCAGAAAGAGAGGAUGGAUGGUCUACUUGAUGGAAGUAAGAUAGACAGCCUUGUUUAUGUACUCAGAUAAAACUUGGAUUGUCUUGGAAUUAAUGAUACUGCAGUGAGGAUGCACCGUUGAAUAAAUCAUUUUGGGUUUAGAUGGUUAGACAACUUAAUAAUACAAAUUUCAUUUAAGCAUCAUUUUGUUGUUAUUCUCUUUUUUUCUCUGACUGAAACACAACUGAAAUUGACUUUUUUCUUUACAUAAAAGAAAAACAUUAAUGCAAGAGAAAAAAUAAGCAAAUAUAAAGAAAGCCUAAUACAAUUAUAUAUGAAUGAGAAGAUAAACAGUGAAAUGAACAGCUAAUUGGCCUAAUAAUCCCAAGUUGUAAUUAUCACAUUAAUCACUGGUUUGAUUUUACAAUAUGGCUUCCAA